AAGGAGCAUCAAGGAAAGAAUAAAGAACCACGCGGUUCUUUCGAGCCCUGCCUGAAUUCGCAGCCCCCACCUGUGGGAUCAUCGUCCCCCCCGCAUCGCACAGGAUUUCCCAUUGCCAACCCCUGGGAGGCUGCGAGGAAGAGGAAGAUGCCCCGGGACACUGAGGCAGAGCAGGAGCUGAGCAUGGAGAGCAGGGAGGACAAAUGCCCGCGGCAGAACCUGGUGGAAGAGGCCGUUUUGAGCGGCUCCACGGCGCAGGAAGCCAACGGGGAGGAAAAGGCCCGGAGAUGCCGCACGAGGAGGGGCUGCAAACGCAGCUGGCGGGGAUGUGAGGGGGAAAGAGCCAGCCUGGGCCGGGAAGGCGGCCGGAGAUGGAGGCAGAGCUCGGAGCUGGUGCUCCAUGAGCAGCUCCAUGAUGGGGAGAAGCCCCACACGUGCGGGGAGUGUGGGAAGAGCUUCAGGUGGAACUCCCACCUGAUUGUGCACCAGAGGACCCACACUGGGGAACGGCCCUACGAGUGUGAUAAAUGCAGGAAGAGGUUUCAGACCAGCUCCAGUCUCCUCCUGCACCAGCGCACGCACACAGAGGAGAGGCCCUUCCGCUGCCCCGACUGCGGGCAGGGCUUCAGGCAGAACUCCCAUCUUGUCAGGCACCGACGCAUCCACACUGGGGAGAGGCCCCACGAGUGUGAGGAAUGUGGGAAGAGCUUCAGCCAGAGCUCCAGCCUGAUCCGGCACCAGAGGACCCACACUGGGGAGAGGCCCUACGAGUGUGGGGAGUGUGGGAAGAGACAGAGCUCCCUCAUCCGCACCAGGCCAGAGCCCCCACCUGAUUGUCCACCAAUCACAUGGGGG